UCUCAGGGUGGAUCGCUCUGAUGACUGGGACCAACAUAAGCCAGCAGCUGAGGUCCAGCAGUGAUUGCUGAGUUGGUGGGGCACUCCUCAGCAAGAUGGCUGCAUUGCUGCGCGCAAUAGUGGCAUCCUGCUGAAAUGACGCAAGCCACAGUUUACGUUCGGUCCUCGAGGCUCAGAGCUCUCCAGUCUCCAUAGCGCAGAUCCCGCCCGACACACAGCCGGAAGACCGACCGGUUAUCUUCCAGUGGACCGAGCGGAACCGGUUCAUCUGAGAAGACCUAUUCUUAGUCCUCCUCUCUCUUCCUUGUCCCCUCCAUCAUCAUCGCCAUCAUCUGCCUACCCAGUCCUGUCCACCUGUGGCCUCCUCACCUCUCGAGCUGAUUAACCAGCAGAUCAGGUGAGAGUGCGAUGAGGAGAGGUUUCAGAGUGUGAGGCCAUGGGCUGCACCUCGGCCAAGCAGGUGUCGGCCGUGCCCAACGAUGAGGAGGGACGCGGCAAGGCCUACAGCAACGGAGACCUCUUCACUGAUGAAUACAAGAUGAAGGGAGUGGAGGAGGUGAAGUACAUGAGAGGGGAUGAAAACCGGGUGAAUGCACGCAACCAGGAGAACCUGGAGAAGAGUAACGUGCAGUACAGGGGCAAACAGCAGAAAGAGGUCGCUGCAGCAAACAUCAAGUCCAAUAUUCACACGUCAGAGAGCCAGCAGGAAUUUUUCAGGAUGCUGGAUGAGAAGAUUGAGAAGGGGCGAGACUACUGUUCAGAGGGGGAAGAAGAAGAUGGGACAUAGCACAGAGGCCCCCAGAGAUACCCCCGACCUCACGGUGUGUGUGUGUGUGUGUGUGUGAGAGUAAAUGUGUACAUGAGUGCUCACGUGUGCCUGAGAGAGAGUUGAAUCAGUGUUUGACCAUUGGGGCGUCAAUGUGAAGGGACACUGUAUGUGUUGGUUUGAGCAUAUGUGUAUUUUUGAAUGUAUGGCAAAGAUAGUAUUUUAAUCAAAAGUGGAAAAGUGGGGGAUACGUGUGCGUGUCCGUGUGAGUGUGAAUGAGAGAGAGAAUGGAAUAAAGAACACUUUCUUCAGAGACUACAGCCCUCCUCUCUUAGCGCCUCACCCCUUCAGGCCCCCUGAGCGGACAGACAAAGGUGGCGCAGUGAUGAAGGGACAGACAGAUGAAAGGAGGGAGAGAUGGAGGAGGACGUGAUGACGGAUGGGCACAUGUUGCCGUGAACAGGGGAAAAGGACUCGCCACAGUCGGGUCAAGCAGAGUAAUUUCCUCGAGCAGCUCCUCAUCCCUCCAUCUGUCCAUCCAAAUCUGUCCCUGCUGAAUGCUUAACCCCUGUGAUGGGACAAAAGGAACUCUCAAACAUCGAGGCCCGGAAAGGACAAAUGUCUGAGAGACACACGAGUGGUGAAGGAGGAGGGAAACCCUAGGAGGAAAAGAUAGUGAAGGCAGAGGAGUUACGUAACGCCACAGGAUCCACACUGAACUUUUUUGGCCUGCCUCUCUACAGCCAUGAGGGACUCAGAGAAUGGGUGAGAGAAGAUGGAGAAGAAAUAUUGAGAAAUUUGUGAUAUUUUAAUAAGAGAGAAUAGGGAGCGAGCUGGUGAUUUAGAAAUUCUAAACUCCUCCUGCCUUCUGAAGUCAAGGACCUUUUUUUUGUUUUUUAAUUCUGUUCUGCAGCCACUCAUUUAGUUAUUUUUUUUUCUUUUUCCAGCGUUCUUUUAUUCAAUUUGUUUUUACUCUUGGCUUCGUUCUUAGUGCAUAAUCAUCAUUCUCCUUAUCAUCAUCACCGCAGCAGGCAGACUGAAGCUGCAUCUGUGUCUCAACCCAAUCUAUCCUCCUUCAUAUACCAUCACACUACAGACCUUCAUACACACACGCACAUAUACAUGGAGUCUUUUAUUGUACAUAUGGUGACACACUCUCAUCCCAACACACAGUAUAUAUGUACAUAUAUACAACACAUACACGCAUACACACAUUGUUGUAUUCCUUUCGUUUCACCAGCAGACUGUCAUGCGCAUUAAUCAGACGUAUUCUGUAAAGCUCUAGUUCUGCUUUGGUUCAGUGUUUGCGCACACACACACGCACACACACACACACACACACACACACACACACACAUACACACACACACCUGGGCACUAAAGGAGCAAACCAAGCUGAGCUCAAGCAGAGGAUGCAUGGUUGCCAUGUAGACACAGACCUGAUCACAUCUUCUGUUUUCAUCUUUACUGGAUACUUCCUGUUGUAUUAUUUUGAAUACUUUUUUUCUAUUAAAAAUAAAAACAAAGAAGCUCUUAA